AUGCCGUCGCAAUUUUUCAAGAACCGUAGGGUAUACCUGCUCACGAGCGUUGCCUACAUGGGCUCACUGCUCUUUGGUUAUGAUACCGGAGUUAUGGGCAGCGUGCUUGCCCUCAAGGCUUUUAAGAAAGACUUUGGGUUACCGACCGACUCAUCUGGAUUCUCCAACUCCAAGAACGCUUCGGUUUCGUCCAAUGUCGUAUCGCUAUUGACAGCGGGAUGCUUCUUUGGUGCUAUCGCAGCCGCCUUUAUCAAUGAGCGUUUCGGCAGGCGACUGUCUCUCAUGGGCUUCUCUGUCAUCUUCCUCAUCGGCGCUGCGAUUCAAACUGCUGCUCACCAUGAGAUCGGCAUGAUCUACGCCGGCCGUGUCAUUGCUGGUCUCGGCAUCGGAGGCAUGUCAUCCAUCACACCGAUCUUUGUAUCGGAGAACGCGCCCCCAGCUGUACGAGGACGUAUCGCGGGUCUGUUCCAAGAAUUUCUGGUCAUCGGGAGCACCUUCGCGUACUGGUUGGACUACGGCGUCGCGCUCCACAUGCCAGUAUCGACUAAGCAGUGGAGAGUACCUGUGGCAAUCCAAAUCAUCCCAGGCGGCUUCAUGUUGAUUGGUCUGUUCUUCUUGAACGAAUCUCCGCGUUGGUUGAUGUCGAAAGGCCGCCACGAUGAAGCUGUCCGAUCUCUCGCCUUCAUACGAUGCGAAGAGCCUGACAGCCCCGAGCUACAGCGUGAACUGGCUGAGAUCCGCGCUGCGGUUGAAGAAGAGCUGAAUAUGACAGAAGGCAUUACUUGGAAAGAGUGUCUUCUGCCCGGCAACCGUUACCGCUUUGUCACCGCCUUCGUGCUCAUGUUCUGGCAACAAUUCAGCGGGACAAACUCGAUUGGCUACUACGCACCGCAAAUCUUCCAGACUGUCGGCGUUUCCAAAUCUAAUGCUUCGUUGUUCGCGACAGGCAUCUACGGAACUGUCAAGGUCAUCACGACUGGUAUCUUCCUGAUCAUCGGCAUCGACUUCAUUGGCCGAAAGAAGUCGCUCAUAGCAGGGGCGGCAUGGAUGGCAACGAUGAUGUUCAUCAUUGGAGCCGUGCUCGUCACUCACCCACCGAACCCUGAUAGCGGCACUGUUUCGCCCGCAUCAAUCGCCAUGGUCGCCAUGAUCUACCUCUACGUGAUCGGAUAUUCUGCUAGUUGGGGGCCAGUCCCUUGGGUGUAUCUCUCCGAAAUCUUCCCUACACGUCUUCGAUCGUAUGGUGUCGGUAUGGGAGCGGCGACGCAAUGGCUUUUCAACUUCGUCAUCACAAAAAUAACCCCAGAAGCCGUGAACCACAUCAAAUGGAGAACCUUUUUGAUGUUUGGAAUCUUCUGUCUGGCAAUGGGUAUUUUUGCUACGUUCUUCAUCAAGGAAACGAAGGGGAAGACUUUGGAGGAGAUAGAUGUACUCUUUGGAGAUGUGACGGCCGAGCAGCGUCAGAGGGACGUGGAGGCAGGUAUGAAGGAGGAACAGAAAAAACAGUCAGUGAAAUACAUGGAGGACGCUACAAAGUUGGAGAACAAGGCGGGCAAAGAGUGA